AUGUCUCUCAACUAUUCGGAUCUGCUUUCUCCUUAUGAUAACAAAGGAGAAGUCGGUCAAAAAGAGGUUUCAAAUUUCUUCGACUUUUUCAAACCAAGUUUUGCGUUCAGAUAUUCGAUCAAGACGAGGAAGUUGCCAUUAAAGCAAAGGAAUUAGCCAAACUUCUCACAGAGUCUAAUUCAACAGUGUUUAUAACCGGCGCAGGUAAUUUUUCUUAUUUUUUUUUCAAUACUAACAUUUUUGAGGAAUAUCCACGGCGGCGGGAAUCGCAGAUUUUCGAGGACCGAAAGGGGUAUGGACGCUUGAAAAAAAAGGUAGAAAGGCGGAAUCCGUCAACUUUGAAAAGGUUCGUACAGUUUUGAUACUAAUUAAUUUAUCCUAUCAGGCUCUACCUACACUAACGCACAAUUUUCUCACAACCAUUGAAAAGAAAGGCUUGAUCCAGUGAGUUUCCCAUUUUGGUUGAUGAAAGUUGAAGUUUCUUCAAUAGGUUUCUCAUCACUCAGAACAUUGAUGGGAUUCAUGUCCGCAGCGGGUUUCCUCUGAACAAGCUGGCUCAGCUGCACGGCAACGUUUUCUCGGAGCGCUGCCGAAACUGUAAAAGGUUUGGUGGAUUUUCACUCGGUUUGAAGAAAAUUUUAUUAAUUGCGCUCUCGUUCAGAAUUUACUAUCGUGAUUAUCCGAUUGCCAGUGUGGGACUGAAGGCCACCGGGCGUUCGUGUGAAGGUGCUCCAAAUGGUCGUUCCUGUCGUGGAAAGUAGGAUACUAGUUCAGAACUGCUUUCAAGAUUUGUCACAGACUUCACGACAUGACCUUGGAUUGGGACGAUGCUCUUCCAGAAGAUGAUCUUGCACUGUCGUACAAAUUUGUGAAAGUAAUUAUUUUCAAAACACUGUUUUUUAAAUUUCUAAUAUAUGUCACACCAUGAGAAUGGGUUAAUCGAGACAAGAACCAACAAAUUCAUCAACUCUUCUUUGCAGAGCUGCUCAUUGAUUGUGGUCGUCGGAUCUUCGCUCCAAAUUAUUCCAGUGGGAGACAUGCCACUUUUGGCUAAGAAAAACGGAGCCAAAUUUGUCUCGAUCAAUCUUCAAGCAAUUAAACACGUGCGUUUAUUGUAUAAGAAAACCUUUUUUCUUUAGUUUUUGAAUAUUUCAAAGGUUUUCAGGAGAACGAGGUUGACCUGGCAAUUCACUCAAAAUGCGAUGAGUUCUUCAAAAAGGUGGCCGAAUGUAUGCAACUUGAAAUCGAAGAAAAACACGGUUUGACUGUGUGAAAAAAAGGAUAUAGAUUGAAAUAUUUUCUCAGAACGCGUUGCUUUGUCCAUACAUCCUCUGCCAGACUUCAACACUCGUAAAAAAAGAAACUUCGCGGAAAAUCCUUCAAAAAGCGCUUCAAGUAUUGUUUUGUUUUAGGUGAAUUAUGUUCAAAUAUCGAAUUUCAGGACCUGUUGGAAAAAAGCGUGCAAAGUCGAGAAGGUCCGAGGUCCCCGAAAAGGAUCGUGCAGAAAUCGCGACCGAUACCGGUGAGGCAGUUUACAAGUUUUCUGGAUGUUUUGGUCUAAUUUAGUUUUUGAUGAGACUUUAUGAGCCUCAAAACUUCUGAAAAGCGCGAUUAUUAGUUGAUAAGGAGUAUUAAGUCAACCGAAAAAACAGAAGAAGGUCAAAAAGUUUUGAAUUCUUGAGCUUUUGCGAAAAAAAUUGGAUCAAAAUGGAGUGAGCAUAAAUUUCGAAAUUGCUGAAGAACGCAUUUAUAAAGAGGAAGGACAGUUGAUAUAUUGACAAACUCUGAGGCUUCUUCCUUUUAAGUUUUGUGAGUUUAUUUCAGAACUCUCUACUGUCUCCUUGGUCGCUCUGGAAGAGGCGCCAAAACUUCCUACCGAUCGUGAGAUAAAGGUCGAUAAAGUGGACAACACGGAGGUUGAGAUCGCUCAGAAUCCAACUACUGAAGAAAAAGGUGAAUAGAUUUUUGCAUCCGUUUACUUUUGAUAAUAUAUUGUCAAUGACGGGUUUCUUUUGAAGAUCAGCUUCUUCCACGCAAAGAGAAAGGAGAAUAUGGUGUGAAAAAUACAGAUAUUUCUGAUUUUGACGCCGUCGAAGUUGUUCAAAAAAGUACGGAUUCAAUUGUGGAGUACGGUAACCUUUAAAAUAAGUGUUCCAGCAGACACCGAUUACUUUCCGGAGGAGCCUGAUGAUAUCGGCGAGCUUUUUCCUACUUUGUUUCCCGUCGAAGAUGAAAUUCCUGGAGACUUCGAUACUCCUGACGAAGGUAAAAAAAAACCAGAAAAAAAACCUUAGAAAAUUUUUCAGACCUUGAAAAAUAUCUCGAGCCGGAGAAUGAGAAAUUCAGUACUGAGGAGACUAGUGAGGAGAGAAUUCCAGUGAAUAGCCAUCGUUCGACGUUAGAAGGUUUUUUUUGCGAAAAAACGGGGUUUUUUUUGACAAUUGGAAGCUUUAACGCUUGAUAUUUUCUGAUAAAUUUGAAUUGGAUUCUCAAGGAAACCAAUAUCUUCAAUCUUUCAACAAUCCUGAUGAGCCUCUUGUUAGCCUUCGUAAAGCUGUUGGUUCUCCACUGAGCUCUAUUGAACAAGACAUUAGGCGUGCCUCAAAAACAGUACUACUUUUCUUUUUUAUUGUGAACGUGAAAAAUACUUGGGUCUUUCUCGCUCAAAACUGCAUGAUUUGAAGUUUUUUAUUGAAACGCUUUAAAAAUAAAAAGGAAUUGGGAUUUCUCGAAUCGAAACCAAGUUUUUGCGUCAGGGCUCGAAAAGACGGACAAAGCCUCCAUCGAAAAAACGCAGCCAAGCACUUACUUGAUGAUUUCGAACGAUGGUAUUGAUUUAAUUUUUCAAUGAUUUUAUAUAUUCUUGCUCAGGUUCUACUCUUCAAAAAGAUGAAGAUGAAAAGAUAGAUGAGUUCAGCAUCAAAACCGAGCAGAAGGAUUUGAAAGAGCUCAACUUGGCUUAA